AUUCUUUCACCAACAAAGAGCCGAAUAAAGUUGUUGACAUUUCACACUCCUGCUUUAAAUCUAUGUUUCAAAUAAGUAUUUUUAAUACAAACCUACCGGGGAAGAAAAAAAUUGCGAAUAUACCCUGUAUUUAGCGCGCAGAGGCCAAAACUUGCUGUUGUUAUUGAGAAAUUUUAUGACAAAAUAGGUUUCUUAAGAAGUGUUUGUUAUGAUGUUAGCGCUCAGAAUUUCGCUCGUUUAAAUCUGAAACCCUGCGGAUUUGAGUUUUUUGAAGGAAGGGUAAAUCAGAGGGAUUUUAGUUAUGGAAGAUGGAAAGCACAGAUCGAGGAGGGAUGAUGCAGACAGGAAGGAGAGUUAUAGAAGAAGCGAUCGAGAACGGAAUGGCGAAAAGCAUAGCGAGAGAGAGAGACACAAAGACAGAGAUAGGGAAAAGGAAAAGGAAAAGGAAGAAAAAACUGACAGAAACAGAGUUAGAGAAAAAUCGAAAGAGAGGGAAAUUGAGAAAAAGGAUCGAGAUUAUCGAAGGUCAGAAAAGGAGAGAAAUUCAGAAAAAUACAAGGACUCAAGGUACAGAGAUUCUAGGGACAAGGAAAAUGAUAGCAGUAAGAGUAGGCAUAGGGAUGACCGAGAAAGAGUUAGAGAUAAGGAGAAGGAUGAGAGGGAGAAACUCAAGGAAAGGAUCAGAGACAGAGACAGAGACCGCAAGCGGCGUGAUUUUGAAAGGGUUAGGGAUUCAGAUUCUGACGAUGAGCGGGAUCAGAAGCGAAGAAAAAGAGAAGAUUCUUUAAGAGGAAAGGAAAGGAGUAAGGAUAAGUAUAAAGGUGAUGAUAGAGAAAGGGAGAGGAACAAAGACAACAACAGGUACAGGGAUGAUGAAGAUGUUGGAAGAAGAAAUCAAGGGGAUAGGCAUAGGGCUGAGGACGAAGAUGUAAAGGGCAGGAAAAAUUUUGAUACAAAGAAAAGAAAGAAUGACGAGAGUGAUGAGGAGACAAAGGUUAAAGAGGAUAUGGAGGAGGAGCAAAGGAGGCUUGAUGAAGAAAUGGAAAAGAGACGGCGGAGAGUUCAGGAGUGGCAAGAGCUCAGGCGGAAAAAGGAGGAAAGUGAGAAUGAGAAGAGAGGAGAAGAGAAGAAUGAAGUGGAGCCUAAAUCUGGGAAGAAGUGGACUCUAGAGGGUGAAGAAUCGGAUGAUGAAUUGGAUGGACCUCCAAAAAGUUUCAUAUUUGAAAAUGGCGACGUUGCAGUGGAUGAGGCUGGAAAUAAAAAUCUGCAUAAUGGAGAAGCCAUGGAUAUUGAUAAAGUGGAAGCCAACGUUGAAGAGGAACUUGAUCCUCUAGAUGCAUUUAUGAACACAUUGGUUGUGCCUGAUGCUGAGAACUUUAGCAGCAAAACUGAUAAUUCCGUAGGGAUCGGAAAGGAAGUGAAGGAUUUAAAUUAUGGGACAAACAAAAGGAAAUCAAAUAAAGGCAUUCUUGGAAGGAUUAUGCCUGGUGAUGAUUCAGAUGCAGAUAAUGAUGAAGUUGGAGAUGAUGACGAGAACCAAAUUGAUGACGAAGACGAUGAUGAAUUUAUGAAAAGAGUGAAGAAAACUAAAGUUGAGAAGUUAUCUGUUGUAGACCAUUCCAAGAUUCAGUAUCCUCCUUUUAGGAAAGAUUUCUAUCGUGAAGUAAGAGAGAUUUUUCUGAUGACAGCAGAGGAAGUUGCAGCAUACAGAAAGGAGCUAGAGUUGAAGAUACGUGGUAAAGAUGUGCCAAAGCCUGUAAAGACAUGGAACCAGACAGGAUUGACACGUAAUGUCCUUGAAGUCUUAAAGAAAUUAGGAUAUGAAAAACCUAUGUCUAUUCAAGCCCAAAGUCUGCCGAUUAUCAUGAGUGGAAGAGACUGUAUUGGUAUAGCAAAAACAGGUUCCGGUAAGACUCUUGCAUUUGUUUUGCCUAUGCUGAGGCAUAUCAAGGAUCAACCUCCUCUUGCUUCAGGUGAUGGGCCGAUUGGACUCAUUAUGGCCCCCACAAGAGAGCUUGUUCAACAAAUUCAUGCUGAUAUCAGAAAGUUUGCCAAGGUUCUUGGUUUAAGUUGUGUGCCUGUGUAUGGAGGUUCUGGAGUGGCGCAACAAAUCAGUGAUUUGAAGCGAGGUACUGAAAUUGUUGUUUGCACACCUGGUAGAAUGAUUGAUAUCCUAUGCACAAGUGGAGGCAAGAUAACAAACCUAAGCAGAGUCACUUACCUUGUCAUGGAUGAAGCGGAUCGAAUGUUUGAUAUGGGAUUUGAGCCUCAGAUUACUAGGAUAGUUCAAAAUACAAGACCAGACAGACAGACUGUGCUCUACUCUGCCACAUUCCCCCGGCAGGUGGAGUUUCUUGCUCGGAAAGUGUUGAAUAAGCCAGUGGAGAUUCAAGUUGGUGGGCGUAGUGUUGUUAACAAGGAUAUUGCUCAGUCCAUUGAGGUGCGUCCUGAAGGUGAGAGGUUUUUGAGGCUUUUGGAGCUCCUUGGUGAGUGGUAUGAAAAGGGUAAAAUUUUAGUGUUCGUGCAUUCUCAGGAGAAGUGUGAUAGUCUGUUCAAGGAAUUGCUCAGACACGGCUAUCCAUGUCUCUCACUUCAUGGAGCUAAAGACCAGACAGACCGUGAGUCUACUAUUUCAGAUUUUAAGAGCAAUGUGUGUAAUUUGCUAAUUGCUACUAGUAUUGCAGCAAGAGGUUUAGAUGUUAAAGAGCUUGAGCUUGUAGUAAACUUUGAUGCACCAAAUCACUAUGAAGAUUAUGUCCACAGGGUGGGGAGAACUGGAAGAGCAGGCCGCAAGGGUGUUGCUGUUACCUUCGUUUCUGAGGAAGAGGACAGAUAUGCUCCUGACCUUGUUAAAGCAUUGGAGUUGUCUGAACAAGCUAUACCCGAGGACCUCAAAAAUCUUGCAACUGGGUUUAUGGCUAAGGUGAGCCAAGGUACAGAACAUGCUCAUGGCACGGGUUAUGGUGGUAGUGGAUUUAAGUUCAAUGAGGAGGAGGAGGAAGCCAGAAAAGCUGUAAAGAAAGCCCAAGCAAGAGAGUAUGGAUUUGAAGAAUAUUACAAGUCUGAUUCCGAUUCUGAAGAUGAUGGAAUACGCAAGGCAGGAAGUGACCUUGAACAUGCUGCAGCACUCGCUCAAGCUGCAGCAUUGGCUGCAGUGACAAAAGCAAGCAUUACUACAAUGCCGAUGUCACUGGCCAACUCUGGAGCACUUGCAACUGUGGGCUUAUCGACUGGGGCUCUCCCUGGAGAAACCUGGGUAGGAGGGACACCAACUGUGUCUGGCCUUCCUGGAGCAGCAUUACCCGUAUCUGGUCUGGCAGGUGCCUUCCCUGUUCCGAAUGAUGCAGCUGCAAGAGUACAGGCCUUAGCUGCAGCCCUUAAUCUACAACAUAAUCUUGCAAAGAUACAGAAAGAUGCUAUGCCAGAACACUAUGAAGGAGAACUGGAAAUCAAUGAUUUCCCUCAAAAUGCGCGAUGGAAGGUAACCCACAAGGAGACCUUGGGACCUAUUAGUGAGUGGACAGGAGCUGCAAUCACAACAAGGGGCCAAUAUUAUCCCCCUGGAAAAAUUCCUGGGCCAGGAGAGCGCAAGCUUUAUUUGUUUAUUGAAGGUCCAACAGAAUCAUCUGUGAAGAAGGCCAAAGCUGAGUUGAAACGAGUGUUGGAAGAUUAUACAGCACAGUCUCUUUCUUUACCAGGAUCAGUUCAACCUGGGAAGUACUCUGUUCUAUGAUGUUUUUCAAGGGAUACUGUUUGGACCAUUUUUAUUUCUAUAAACUUACAAAUUGCGAACUGAUAAAUUGUAUUUCACACACAUUUGAUGCUGUCAGAGUAAUGAUUGUACAUUAUUAUUUCAAUACUUUCUAAUCAUCACUUUGAUGACCAUAUCUGUGGUAGCCAUUGGAGCAGACUUCUUCUGCCUUACUUUUCUACAGAUUGACCCUCUAAUUUGUUGGGUGUCCGAAGAGUAAUUUUUUAAAGAGCGUUGAGCUUGAUAAUCAGAGUCUAUUUGUUACUUCUUACAAGAUAAGUACUUAAAGCCUUUUUUAUGA